AUGGCCAAACAAUCUAAACUCCCUCCAAAGGAGAAACCUCAAGGUCGAGAUCAUAUCUUCAAUGUCGACAGGAAUGCCCCUUUAUCAACCAGCAAGCUCGUUGGCUUUAUCGUCGGCCGACUUGCCGACAUUCCGUUGCAGUACUAUAUACUGACGUACUACAGCGGAUCCUUCUGGAAGCUCGUGGGAUUGCCAGUUCGCCACCCUAGUGCCAUUACUGGCGUCUUGUCGCCUCGCCAGACUAUGCUUCUUGCGUUUAGUGCUGUUGCUGCUCUGAGACACGCGUACUGGGCUAUUUCGUUUUCGUUCUGUGAUAUCCCCGUGCCUGCUAUAGUUUUCUUCAAUGCGCUGUUCAGCACUGUGAAUUCCUUGUUGCUGGCUCGUGAUUCUUCUUGGGACCUCUCUUACUUGGACUAUGCUGCUAUUGGGUUGUUUACAGUUGGAUCCUUGAUUGAAACUGUAUCUGAGUAUCAACGAAAUGCUUUCAAGAAGAACCCUGCCAACAAAGGCAAAAUCUAUACCGAUGGAUUGUUUGGUUUGGCUCGUCACAUCAACUAUGGUGGAUACGUUAUCUGGCGCGGAGGAUACGCUCUAGGAUCUGGUAGCGCAUUUGCUCUCGUCCAACCUGUCUUCCAGCUUUACGAUUUCUAUUCUCGUGCUGUGCCUGAGCUCGACCAACACAUGUCUGCAAAGUACGAUGAUCAAUGGAAGACGUACAAGAAGAAGACUCCGUUCGUUCUCAUCCCGGCUGUUUUGUAA